CAUGUACGCCAAUAAGCCGUACCUUCUGGCGCCAAAAGCGAUAUUCUCCCGCCAUAUGAACUCGCUGGACAAGAACCAUCAAAUCAUGAACCACAGAAAAAGCUCUGAACAAUCAACAAUGGGCAACGAAGGCAAGCAGUUCUGGCUUUUGAAGACGGAGCCAGGAGAGUGGUCGUGGGAGGACCAAGCAGCCAACGGAGGCGUGACCAAGUGGGACGGUGUCAAGAACAAGCAAGCCCAGAAACACCUCAAGUCCAUGAACCUCAAGUAUGUGUAGCUUGUUUUGUUUAGUGCUUUUUUCGGUUUAUGGUUUGUUAGUGGAAAGGGAAAAGCAUAUUGGGUUUGGGGGAUAUGUAAGUUUUGCA